AUGGGCUCUAUGGGGAACUGUGGGAGCCUCAUCUGGACGAGGAAGGCAGAAAGGUCACGUAUCAAAUUCCCAAAAAGUGAAGCCCUGUUCAAGCAAUGGAUAAGCAAGAUUAAACGACACGAAGGGCCGCUAUUCGAAGUAACGAGGCACACAAAAGUAUGCUCCAAACAUUUCAGAGAUGACGACUUCGUUCCAAAUGCGGCCAGUGGGAAACACAUCCUCCGGGACCAUGCUGUUCCAUCGAUGUUUUCGUUUGCUUCGCCAAAACAAAAGCCACGCCGACCACUGAUCAGACGCAGCUUUCUGGUGGAAAAGCAAGUGAGCACCAUUACUGCAGAAAGCCAAGAAGGACAGGAAAAUACUGUUCCUCCGGACAGAGUCACAGAAGAAGUCAUGUCACCUCAAGACAAACUCGACACGGCAUUGACAGAACGUGCUUGUGCUAAAGAUGACCUGGCAAGGAAGGAAACGGUCAUCACUAAAUUGACAGAGGAGCUUCAGGAGCUGAAGUGUCAAGUACAGCUCAAGAUAUCAGGAAAUUAUAGGCUUAGCCACGAGCUGGAAAUCUGCAAGGACAAGUACAGAAGACUUCAGGAAGAAAGAAUGCCUUUCUGCAUUGAGAAGUUCCGGGGCAGUAACGAGGAUUUCCAGUUCAAUACGGGCCUUCCAAACUAUGCUACUUUUUGUGCACUUCUUGAAUAUCUUGCCCCUGUCGAAAAUCCGGAAAACAUUGUUCCGUGGAACUGUGAAAAGUCGCGAGACACUGGUGCUAGUGAGACAAGGGGACGUCCUCAGAAACUAAGCACUGAGAAGCACUUCCUCGUGCUAGUGAAGCUCAGGCUGGGUCUCUUCCACCAACACCUAGCACACCUGUUUUGUGUCUCGAAGAGCUACGUGUCCAAGACCUUCACUACAUGGAUAAACUUUGUGUAUGUGCAACUUGGACCACUUCUCCUUUGGCAGUCACGCGAAACUGUUGAUUGCACAACGCCAGACGCAUUUAAAGACAGCUACCCAACAACGCGUGUGAUAAUUGAUGCUACUGAAGUCAAAUGCGAGGCGCAAAGCUUGUUCGUGAUGCAAUCAAGAACGUACUCGAACUAUAAGUAUGACUAA